AUGAGCUACUACCAGAACCCCGACCCCCAGGCGAUGAAUGUGGAUGAGAAUGCCGAAUAUGAGGCUGCGAACAAAGUCGUCCUGGAGGACGGUGAUGAUUUCGAGAAUUGGGAAAAGUUAAUACGCGUCUGCGAAGGUCUUGAGGGAGGUGGUGGCCUUAACAGGAACUCCUCACCCCAGGCAAUAGCUAUGACCCGAAGCGCGUUUGACCGGUUCCUCGCGAAAUUUCCGUUACUCUUCGGAUACUGGAAGAAAUACGCCGACUUGGAGUUCAGUAUUGCUGGUACGGAGGCCUCAGAGAUGGUGUACGAACGUGGAGUCGCCAGCAUCACAAAUUCUGUUGACCUCUGGACCGCGUACUGUAACUUCAAAGUCGAUACCAGCCAUGAUAUCGACGUGACCAGAGAAUUGUUUGAGCGUGGUGCCAACUGCGUUGGUCUCGACUUUCUCGCUCACCCGUUUUGGGACAAAUACAUCGAGUUUGAGGAGAGGCUCGAUGCCCACGACAGGAUAUAUGCCAUUUUGGAUCGGGUUGUUCAUAUUCCAAUGCACCAAUAUGCCCGAUACUUCGAAAGAUUCAGGACGAUGGCUCAGACAAGGCCGCUUAACGAACUUCUACCCGCGGAUAUGCUCGCACAGUUCCGACAAGAGGUUGAGAAUGAGCCACAACAGCCUAUUCAAGCCGGUCAUCAACAAUUGAAAAUGGAGCGUGGAGAGCUUGAAAUUGAACGAGAAGUUAGAGCCAGAAUCGACAAUUUUCAUCUCGAAAUUUUCCAGAGAACUCAGACAGAGACCACGAAGCGCUGGACAUACGAACAGGAGAUUAAACGCCCUUAUUUCCACGUGACAGAACUCGAUGAAGCGCAACUCAUCAAUUGGCGAAGGUACCUUGACUUCGAGGAGGUUGAAGGAGACUACGCACGUAUUCAAUUUCUCUACGAACGGUGCCUGGUUACCGCAUCUUUUUACGAUGAAUUCUGGUUCCGAUACGCAAGGUGGGUGAGCGCCCAAGAGAACAAGGAAGAAGAGGUGCGAAAUAUCUACCAACGUGCUUGCAUGCUCUACGUCCCGAUGAGUAGACCGCAAAUUCGUCUGCAGUACGCCUUUUUUGAAGAGAUGCAUGGCAAACCGGAUAUGGCGAAGGACAUCAUCGAAUCUAUCUUGAUAGUUCUACCGGGAUACGUCGAAGGGAUUGUUGCAUUGGCCAAUAUCACCCGCCGAAAUGAAGCGCUGGAUGCCGCCAUCAAAGUGUUCUCAGACGUUGUUGACAACCCCGCAACUGAUCCAUACACUAAAGGUGCUAUCACCGCAGAGUGGGCUCGUAUGGUUUGGAAAAACAAGGGUAAUGUCGAAGAGGCCCGACAGUUGUUCCAAAAGAAUCACCACUGGUGUCUCGACAGCCGAUAUUUCUGGAUCAAUUGGUUGCAGCUUGAAAUGGAGCUCUUGACGACCCCAGAAAAUGAGGCUGCCCAACACUUGAAGAUUCGACAAGUCCACACAGAUAUCCGACGGCGUGCCAGGCUGCCACCAUCAACAAUUAAAGAUUUGACGCAUCUGUAUAUGAAAUACUUGCAAGAAAGAGGAGGCAAGGAUUCAAUGAAGGAGUACCUCACUCUUGAUAGGGAAGUCAACGGGCCCUUCUCAGUUCAAUCUGUCAACAAAAUAAAGCUUGCUGAGGAUGGGAAGGAAGCGACAACAAAUAGAAGAAUGCUCUUGGAGAAUGGUCACCCAGGUGUCGAAGUCGAUGAGGCUGCAAUUCGAAGGGGGGAAAACCCUUACACAAAAUAUUUCCAGGCUCAAGGAGAGACUCCGGCCCCUAAUGGGCAGGUCAGUGCUUAG